AUGAGGAGACAUUUGCCCCGGUUGCUCAUCUCAUCUCCGUCCGCUGUCUUAUCGCUAUCGCUGCCGCUUGUCGGUGGCCCCUACACUAGCUCGAUAUCAAGAAUGCGUUCUUGCAUGGUGAUCUAUCCGAGGACAUCUAUAUAUCUCCUCAUUCUGGCUUUCCUACGUCUUCUAAGCGAUCAUUAUUCGGCUCUUUUCCUUCGUCGUGGGUCAGCUGAAAUUACUGUUCUGCUACUUUAUGUGGAUGACAUGAUCAUUAUGGAAGAUGAUGCAUCAGGUAUCUCUAAGCUACAGGCUCAUCUACACCGCCAGUUUGAGAUGAAGAGCUUAGGGCCUCUUCGAUACUUCCUAGGACUUGAGAUCUCCGACACCUUCGACGGAUAUUAUCUCUCUCAAGCCAAGUAUGCCUCAGACCUUCUGUCUAGUGCCGGUCUCACUGACUCCAAGACUGCCUCUACGCCUCUAGAUUCUGAUUGUCGUCUUACUCCGAUGGACGGCAUCCCCUUCAAUGAUCCUACUCUGUAUCGUCAGCUGGUGAGAAGUCUGAUCUACCUGACUGUCACUCGACCGGAUAUUGCCUAUGCCGUCCAUAUCGUCACUCGUUCCUCCUUAGUUUUGACCGGGUAUUCUGACGCUGAUUGGGCGGGAGAUCCCUCUGAUCACCGCUCGACCACCGGGUUUUGCUUCUUUCUUGGCGACUCACUUAUUUCGUGGCGUAGCAAGAAACAGACGGUUGUCUCCCGGUCCAGUGCAGAGUCCGAAUAUAGAGCUCUUGCCGACACCACUACGGAGCUUCUAUGGCUUCGUUGGCUGUUGGCUGAUCUCGGAGUGCCUCAGUCCUCCGCCACUAUUAUUCAUUGCGACAGUCAGAGCGCCAUGAAGAUUUUGACGAAUGAUGUCUUCCACGAGCGUACGAAGCACAUUGAGAUCGAUUUUCACCUUGUACGUCAUCACGUUUCUCAUUGCAACAUCUCCUUGUCUCUCAUUCCUUCUGCUGAUUAUAUUGCAGACGGUUUCACCGAGCCUCAUCUUUCAAGCCGUUUUCAGUCAUUUUUUAGCAAACUCAAGUUGGGUUCCACCGUUCCACCUUGA